UUGGUGCUGAAUCACGUGCAAUCAGCCAUCCAGAAUAAAGUACUCGCCUCCAAUUGGAUUGGUGAGCAAUCGAAACAAUAUAUUGUUCAUAAAUUGCAAAAGAUCUAUUCUGUAAUUGGCUAUGACAAUUGGCUAACUGACAAAGCGCAGGUGGAUGACUAUUACAAGUCAUUAAGAUGUGACGACGGGGACGACUUCCUGACAUGCUUCGUUGCGGCACAUUCGUUCACCAAUCAGAAGCUGUUGAGCCUUCUGGAUAAAGACCCAAAUCCAUCUAACGUGGAGCCAAGGUUCUUUGCAAUGAGUCCAUUUUAUAUUGCUUACAGAAAUGGCUUGAUUGCACCACAAGCAACUUUCGCCUUUCCGUUUUAUGGUGGAGACAUGCCAGUGGCUGCAUUAUAUAGCACCAUUGGAUAUUACCUUGGUCACGAGAUAGGUCACGCGAUUGAUCACGUGGGCAUGGAGCGAAACAACAUGGAUCCCAGCAAAGAGCUGUUGAGCGAAGAGGGCUGGAAUCACUUCGAUAACGUUUCUAAUUGCUUCAUUCAAUCCGGCAACAAUGUUUGUUCCAGCCAUAUGGAAAAUUUGUGUCUCGAUGGCGCGAAUAUCAUAAAUGAACUGCUAGCCCAAGACAUUGGAAUGAAAGCUGCUAUGGCAGCAUUGAUUCAUCAGCUGCAGGAGAGAAACGCCACGUCCUUGCCGUUAGUAUCGAGCCGUUUAACCGAUAUGCAGCUAUUCUUUCUGUAUUACGCCCAAACCCAAUGUGAAGUCAUGAGCCGCUUCACGCGCAGGGCUCAGUUCUGCUCCAAAAUUCCUCCAGCCGAGGAGCAAGUCCUCUCAACUCUGAGAAACGUGCGAGAAUUUUCAGAGGCGUUUCAAUGCCCGAUAGGCAGCUUCAUGCGACCUAGCGAGAGCUGUCAUUUUUUGUGA